AUGUGCAAUUCCAAGAAUAACAACAACACUUGCCAUCCGUUGACUGCGGAACCCCCAAAAUUCACUAUAAACGAACUAGCAGCAGCUUUACAGCUCAUUAGAGACCAGGAAGAAAUUUUCAAAGUUCUUGAAGGGACUUCAACUGGGGAUCUUCCUUCGCUUGACUUGAUGCUUGACGACUCAGAGCGCCCUUCUUGUGUCACCUGCGGUGCCAAGACCCCCGCGGAAGAAGACACAAAACCGGCAAAACCCAUUAUCAGCGCUGUUUCAGAUGUUCUCAUAGCGCUUCUGGUAAAUGAUGGGAUGUCGCCUAGCACUGCCAUAGUAUUAGAGUGA